AUGCCAGAGAUGAUCAUUUCGGGGAAGUCUAUUUGUCUUCUGGUCGAGAGUCUCCGAGAAUGGCUGAAUAUCCCAGGAGGUCAACAAUUAUCUAUCAAGCUCAUCUGCAGGGUUGAUGAAGCCAAGUUAAUAAUCCGCGGCUUGUGGAUUUAA